UCUGUCGCCGUCUCGCGUCCCGCCCCUCCCUCCGGCCUCACCGGCGACAGGUAGCCCCGCCGCCGCGCACCUGCCUUCGCUCCCGCUGCGGAGACAGUGGAUAGCCCCUUUCAAACAUGGAGGAUGGAAAGCCCGUUUGGGCACCACACCCCACAGAUGGGUUCCAGAUGGGCAACAUUGUGGACAUUGGCCCUGACAGCUUAACAAUCGAGCCUUUGAACCAUAACGGCAAGACAUUUUUGGCUCUCAUAAACCAAGUGUUCCCUGCAGAAGAGGACAGUAAAAAAGAUGUGGAAGAUAAUUGUUCAUUAAUGUAUUUAAAUGAAGCCACACUCCUUCAUAAUAUCAAAGUUCGAUAUAGUAAAGACAGAAUUUAUACAUAUGUCGCCAACAUUCUGAUCGCAGUGAACCCGUAUUUUGACAUACCUAAAAUAUAUUCCUCAGAAACAAUAAAGUCAUAUCAAGGAAAAUCACUUGGGACAAUGCCACCUCAUGUCUUUGCCAUUGCUGAUAAGGCUUUUCGAGACAUGAAGGUGCUCAAGAUGAGUCAGUCUAUCAUUGUAUCCGGAGAGUCCGGAGCUGGCAAAACAGAAAAUACAAAAUUUGUUCUAAGAUACCUGACUGAAUCCUAUGGAACAGGUCAAGAUAUUGAUGAUAGAAUUGUUGAAGCUAACCCGCUGUUAGAAGCCUUUGGAAAUGCAAAAACUGUUCGUAACAAUAAUAGCAGUCGAUUUGGAAAAUUUGUAGAAAUACAUUUCAAUGAAAAGAGUUCAGUUGUUGGAGGAUUUGUCUCGCAUUAUCUUCUGGAGAAAUCUAGGAUCUGUGUUCAAGGCAAAGAGGAAAGGAAUUAUCAUAUCUUUUAUAGGUUAUGUGCUGGGGCUUCUGAAGAUAUUAGGGGAAAACUUCAUUUGAGCUCCCCAGAUAAUUUUCGGUAUUUAAACCGAGGCUGCACUAGAUACUUUGCUAACAAAGAAACUGACAGACAGAUUUUACAGAACCGCAAAAGUCCUGAGUAUCUUAAGGCAGGUUCCUUGAAAGAUCCUCUGUUAGAUGACCAUGGAGAUUUUAUCAGAAUGUGCACAGCCAUGAAGAAGAUUGGUUUGGAUGAUGAAGAAAAGCUUGAUCUCUUCCGGGUGGUAGCUGGUGUCCUGCACCUCGGAAAUAUUGAUUUUGAGGAAGCCGGCAGCACUUCCGGUGGUUGUAAUCUGAAGAAUAAGUCUACUCAGUCUUUGGAAUACUGUGCUGAGUUACUGGGUUUGGACCAAGAUGAUCUCCGAGUGAGUUUAACCACACGAGUCAUGCUAACCACAGCAGGGGGCACCAAGGGCACAGUCAUAAAGGUGCCUCUGAAAGUGGAGCAGGCGAACAACGCCCGAGACGCCUUGGCCAAGACGGUCUACAGCCAUCUUUUUGAUCAUGUGGUAAACAGGGUAAAUCAGUGUUUUCCUUUUGAAACAUCAUCCUAUUUUAUUGGAGUCCUAGAUAUUGCUGGUUUUGAGUACUUUGAGCAUAAUAGUUUUGAACAAUUUUGCAUCAACUACUGCAAUGAAAAACUUCAGCAAUUUUUUAACGAAAGGAUUCUGAAGGAGGAGCAAGAGCUUUAUCAGAAAGAAGGUUUGGGUGUUAAUGAAGUGCAUUAUGUGGAUAACCAGGACUGCAUUGAUUUAAUUGAAGCAAAAUUAGUGGGAAUACUGGAUAUUUUGGAUGAAGAAAAUCGUCUUCCCCAGCCGAGCGAUCAGCACUUUACGUCUGCUGUUCACCAGAAGCACAAGGACCAUUUCCGCCUCACUAUUCCAAGAAAAUCUAAGCUGGCAGUUCACAGGAACCUCAGAGAUGACGAAGGCUUCAUUAUCAGGCAUUUUGCAGGGGCAGUGUGCUAUGAGACUACCCAGUUUGUGGAGAAAAAUAAUGAUGCUUUACAUAUGUCUCUUGAAUCCUUAAUAUGCGAAUCCAGGGAUAAGUUUAUACGGGAAUUAUUUGAAUCCUCCACAAAUAACAACAAAGAUACUAAACAAAAAGCAGGGAAACUUAGCUUCAUCAGCGUGGGAAACAAGUUCAAGACACAGUUGAAUUUGCUUCUGGAUAAACUGCGAAGUACUGGAGCGAGCUUCAUUCGUUGCAUCAAGCCUAACUUAAAGAUGACAAGCCACCACUUUGAAGGCGCUCAGAUUCUAUCUCAACUGCAAUGUUCAGGUAUGGUGUCUGUUUUGGACUUGAUGCAAGGUGGUUUUCCAUCCCGAGCCUCCUUUCAUGAGCUCUACAACAUGUAUAAAAGGUAUAUGCCAGACAAACUUGCAAGACUGGAUCCAAGGCUGUUUUGUAAGGCUCUUUUUAAAGCUUUGGGCUUAAAUGAAAUUGACUACAAAUUUGGCUUAACCAAAGUAUUUUUUAGACCUGGCAAGUUUGCAGAAUUUGACCAGAUUAUGAAGUCUGACCCUGACCACUUGGCAGAGCUGGUUAAGAGAGUCAAUCACUGGCUCGUGUGCAGCCGCUGGAAGAAGGUGCAGUGGUGCUCACUCUCCGUCAUCAAACUGAAAAACAAAAUAAAAUAUCGAGCUGAAGCCUGCAUUAAAAUGCAAAAAACUAUUCGAAUGUGGCUUUGCAAAAGGAGACACAAACCUCGCAUUGAUGGCCUGGUUAAGGUGGGCACACUGAAAAAGCGACUUGAUAAGUUUAAUGAAGUUGUGAGUGCAUUGAAAGAUGGAAAACCAGAGAUGAAUAAACAGAUCAAGAAUCUUGAAAUUUCUAUUGAUACUUUGAUGGCCAAAAUUAAGUCCACUAUGAUGACCAGGGACCAGAUACAGAGAGAAUAUGACGCACUGGUCAGAAGCUCUGAGGAUCUUCUCAGUGCGUUACAGAAAAAGAAGCAGCAGGAAGAAGAAGCAGAAAGGCUGAGGCGCAUCCAGGAGGAAAUGGAGAGAGAGAGGAAACGACGUGAAGCUGAUGAGCAGCGGCGGCGGCAGGAGGAGGAGGAGAGGCGGAUGAAACUUGAGAUGGAAGCAAAGAGAAAACAAGAAGAAGAAGAGAGAAAGAAACGGGAGGAUGAUGAGAAGCGCAUUCAGGCUGAAGUGGAGGCCCAGCUGGCCAGACAGCGGGAGGAGGAGUCCCAGCAGCAGGCGGUUCUGGAGCAGGAGCGGAGGGACCGCGAGCUGGCCCUGAGGAUCGCCCAGAGUGAAGCCGAGCUCAUCAGUGACGAGGCCCAGGCCGACCCGGCGCUCCGCAGCUUGGAGUCCCACCCAGUGACUGCUGCUGGUGGAACAAGACCCCAAAUGACGCCGGAACAAAUGGCCAAGGAAAUGUCAGAAUUGUUGAGUAGAGGUCCUGCUGUACAAGCCACCAAGGCAGCUGCUGGAACCAAGAAAUAUGAUCUGAGUAAAUGGAAAUAUGCAGAACUCCGUGAUACCAUCAACACUUCUUGUGAUAUUGAGCUCCUGGCAGCUUGCAGAGAAGAAUUUCAUAGGAGACUAAAAGUGUAUCAUGCUUGGAAAUCCAAGAACAAGAAGAGAAAUACUGAAACAGAGCAACGUGCUCCGAAGUCUGUUACUGAUUAUGAUUUUGCACCAUUUUUGAACAGUUCACCUCAGCAGAACCCAGUGGCUCAGCUCCCUGCCAGGCAGCAGGAGAUCGCGAUGAACCGGCAGCAGCGCUUCUUCCGCAUCCCGUUCAUCCGCCCAGCUGACCAGUACAAAGACCCGCAGAGUAAGAAGAAGGGCUGGUGGUACGCGCACUUCGACGGGCCCUGGAUCGCACGGCAGAUGGAGCUGCAUCCCGACAAGCCGCCCAUCCUUCUUGUGGCUGGCAAGGACGACAUGGAGAUGUGUGAGCUGAACCUGGAGGAGACCGGCCUGACUCGGAAGCGCGGCGCCGAGAUCCUGCCCCGCCAGUUCGAGGAGAUCUGGGAGCGCUGCGGGGGCCUGCAGUACCUGCAGAGCGCCAUCGACAGCAGGCAGGCCCGGCCCACCUACGCCACCGCCAUGCUGCAGGGCCUGCUCAAGUAGAGGCGUCCACGGCUUCAACCCUCCGGGAUCAUGUUAGAGUUACUUCUAUAAAGUGACCAGAUUUUGUUAAUCAUGGCUUUUUGUAAAUUUGUCGAAGGUUUAUUAUGGCAGUGAAUUUGGAACCUAAAACUUAACUUUUCCCCUUAUCCAGCUGUAACUCCGAAACCUUCAUACUCGUUUCACUUGGACAGAUUCUGACAUCUCCUUAGCCUUUGCCGACAGACUACCUUACAUCUAUCAUAAUUGUUCUCUAGGAAAAGAGAAUUUUUAAAAAAAAAUCAAAAUGCUUGCUUUUUAAAUAUGGCCUAGUACCAUCAAACUGGAGUAACGAGACCUUAGCUGAGAUUUCUUACAAGAAUUAGGGCCCUUAAAAUGAUUCAGACACUGAUGCUUUGUUCUGAAAAGUGGUGUCCUUUCUUUACUUUUUUCAGAAAUUCAUAGAAAUUUCUAUCAGAAGUGGAAAUUCUGAUUUUUUUCCCUCCUUUGCAGUGUGUGUCUUACUCUGAGUGAAGCAAUUCUUUCCAAGUUGGAGAGUUCUAGAAAGAGCCUUAAGCCAUUUGAUGGAAUCUGUGGUAGAGGAGGUACCGAGCGUAUCCAGCAUGGAUUUGUUUUAUGCUAUCUAAAUAUUCCUUUUAUAUUCCAUGGACAAAUAAAGGGAAUUCAGGUUGUUUAAAUGCCUGAAGGUUUUGAGAUACGUUUUAUUUAAUUUAGAAAAGGAAAUAGGUUUGGGGUGCACUGUGGUUUAAACUGGACUGAAUUCAGAUAUUCUUUCAGCUUCAUCUCAAGUUAUGAUUUUUGUAUCAGAAUCUUGUCCAAGUUGUUUAAUAUGAUUUAAAAUAGAAUUAUGUUUCAAAUAGAUUUCUUUUUUUUUUUUUUUUUAAUUCCUAGUGUCUUUUUGGUCUUUGAGAUUUUGGUAAUCAAAGGGCUGUUCAUAUGCUUUGUAAUUCAGAAGCCCUUGUGUUUAGCAAUUGCUUGUUUUAUGUAACUGAUUAAUUUUAAAAAGUUUUCUUGGUGUGUUGUUUGGAUCAAAUAUCAUCAGUUUGAAGCCUAAUAUUUAUGACUUUCGUAUUAGGAAUUUAGAGAUAAAAUACAUCAAAUAGUUAUGUUGACAUAAUCCUAAGGAGUCUUGUUUGUAUACUCAAAUAAAAUUAGAAAAUGAUUUCCUCCAAUUUUUAGAGAACUUAACCUUUGAAAUGAAAUUCCAGUGAAUUUUUUUUUUUUCCUAGAAAGAUUACCUCAGUUCGGAAAAUAUUUCCCAGCUGAUUAGGUUAGUUUUUGAGAGCCACAGACACUGUUUUCGGAAUUGCUUCUCUCAUAGUGAGUGUCUUAAUACAGAAAUAUUUAUUUAUUAUAAUACUGUGCAAAUGAUUGUCUUGUGUUAAAUUAAAACGCUAUUAAUUGAGAAUGUGAAUGUGAUCACCUUUUGGAGGACGUAUUACUCCACAGGCACCCACCGCUGGGCCCUUUGAUUGAUGACAGAAGGUUUAGUUACUGAAAUAAAAGACCUGCUCUCUCUCUUCCAUCUCUGGCCUUUAGUUGGUGUUUUUAUUUGUAUAGGAUAGGGAAGGAUAAACUUUGUUUAUCUUGGUUUAGUAACAAGAAAAGUUAUUAAACAAAAUUUAGUAACCAAAUGGAUUGUUAAUGGCUUGUUCUUUUAGUACUGUUUCCAGAAAUAGUUUUCUGUAUCUUUCAGAUAUGUCUAUAGGCACUGGAUGGGAAGUUAAUCAGAGUUAUUAAGAUGAAAGAACUUGACAUUGUAAAGAAUUUGCAUGAACUAUAUGACAACAAAACAUUGUUAUAAGUCUCUUAGUUUUUGACUCCAAUGGUUAAUAAAAUUAUAGUUAAUCUUAAGCCAUUUUAUUUCUAAUUAUGUCACACACUUGUCCUAGAACUUAUCUAUUUAAAAUAGUCUCCUGGGUUAAUUCUGUGAAUUGGGAGAGCUGCCCUAAUUCUGACAGACUUGAGUUAACCUAGAUACCAGGGAUGAGCAUACACAUAGAUGCCCUUUGCUGGAGGAACUUAGCAUUCUGUCACUCUUUUAAGGUAAAUAGCAGACAUGGUGUUCUAAAAGAUGUCAGUGUAGCUGCUAUACCAUGUUCAUAAGCAAACUCAGACAUUCUGGGUUAACACUGUAGGAAUAAAAAGUAAAGUAAUUCAUAUUUUAAUCAGUCAUUUUAAUGAGAAGUUUAAGUCAUCCUGUCCAGUCCCUUCCAUAGUGUAUGCUUGGCAAAGGUGGGCACUUGGACAAUAUUAAAAGUAAUAGAACAAAGGGUUUUCACAUUUAAUUAUAAUGUGGCUCUGAAUUGUGCUAACACAGUGUUGGUGUGUACUAUGAGCUGUUGGUACUCACUGAGUAAAGGAAAAUUCUCUAAUCCACGUAUGUUGGGAGAAUACUGAGUUUACUUAGAUGUAAAGUUGAGGAGAUGGCAUGUUCUCAGAUGCUUAUACGAGGAAGCAAUCACAGGCCCACUCGGGAUGUUCUGUUGCUACCUUCUGCUUCUAUUAAGUUUUAUAGGUCAUUCUUUCCAGUAACAUAUUGAAUCCCUUUAUUUUUCAAGCAACCAAGAAAAGAUCAUCUUCAGUAGAACUUAAGUGGUGUUCGUGGAAGCUUGGGGAAUAGAGACCCACAGGCAAGAAUAAUAAUGAGUAUUUAUUGUUUGUAGAGCUUUGUUAAUUGGAUAUUUAAAAGAAGACAUCUUCAUUCACAGGUUAUCACUGUGGUUCUCAGGGAACCCCAAAACAUACAGAUCUUUGAUUUUUUUCUUUUUUACCUGAAGUAGUUUAGUUUAAGAGUACUGGGAUCAGCAGAAUAAAUAUUCAUUGAAUUGGUGACCCACUGAAUACAAUGUUAGUGAUAGACCUUUUAUGGGAGAAGGGACAGAGAUCAGAGAGGUCAGGUAAUUCAGUUCUAGACUGUGAGAAAGAUAGACAU